UCCUAAAAUAUAGACUCCAAGUUCUCUACCAGCCUGAUGUUGGUGUUGUGAACAUUUCUGGAUGUCGUGUUGUCGUUGUGUUUUGUGUUGUUAUAUCGUGGUGCCACAUUUUUCAAGGAAAAUACAAUUCUUGUGAAUUUUGAUCAUCUUUACUUUUUCGCAACAUAGCUUCUUUUGUCUGAUGUCAGUUUAAAUAAGUUUAAGGACCAUGAGUAACCGUCGAGGCUUAGCUACAUGUUCAGCGGUUAAUUGUAGCAACCGCUACAAGAAGGGAUCUGGAAUUAUUUUCCAUCCAUUUCCCUUAAGUAAUGUAGAACUUUCCAAAAAAUGGGUUAUUGCAAUGAGAAGAGCAAACUUUUCUCCUACAAAAGGACACCACCUGUGCUCUGAACAUUUUGAAGAUAGUUGUUACACUUCAGCUGCUAAUGGAAGAAGAGUUUUAAAUGCAAGUGCAAUUCCAACAAAAUUCAAUUUUCCAAUGAAGAGACCAAUACGUAUGACUUCAUCUAGUGUUUUAACAAGUAGUGCUACUUUGGACAAAGGGUUCACUGAGAAAACUCCAAUAUUUGCUGCUUCUCCUAUUGUUCAUUCCAGUCAACAGCAGCCUAGUCCAGUCAGAAGAGCUUUUUUAAAAGACCACUGCUACUCUCUCCCAGGCCUCCAAAAACUGAAGAGGAAGUUAGAUGAGUCUGAAGGGGAUCUAGGAAAGCAACUUUCUCUUGCUGAUGUGGAGCAAAUCUUAAUGCCCACAUUAUCAGAACGUGUUGGUGUUGUACCACCUUCUGCACCCCGAAAUGCUCAAUCAAAUUCAAAUCCUAUUCAGGAACAUAUUGACGCAUGUGUAAUGAAAGCUGUUACUCCUUUAGAGCAACAACUUCAACAUAUGAAAGCGAUUGUUAACGCCCUUACUUCUCAGAUUAAUAAUUCCUCAAAGAGCCAACAAAGGGUGGGAAAAGAGACCUUUGAUUGGUACAGCCUUAUGCCUGCGCAGCCCUCAGGGAGCAUACCACGGGAUGAACACGAAAUUCAAGUGUUAGCCACGCGUUUGGCAGUAAGUUUCUCUGAACUUCCUGCUGAGGCUGUUGCAGAGCAAUACCAGGUACAUUAUGUGUUGACUCAAUUCGCAAUUUGGCCAUCCCUACCUCCUGCACAGCAACUUGCGACUUACAGAAUGGCUCGGAUGCUUUAUUGUGCUAUAAAAAAUGGGUGGCCAACAGCAAUUCAAGAGGAGCAGGAUUCAGAGGAAGCUGCAAUGCAAGAAUUUGCUAUGCCUGUGCAAGUCUCAAUUGGAAAGCGAUCUAGCCCUCGAAGUAUGCUUAUGCCUCAAGGAAGGUCAAGACGAUAAAAAAGAUAUAGGAAUUGUAUAUUUGAAGUGUAGAUGUGCCUAGUAGGUUCAGUGUAGGUGAGGUGUGACUUUAGUCAUCAUAAACCAGCAGUGUUGUAAAAUUGCUUGGUUUAUUUGAAAAAUGUGUGUGAUUUUGGGGUAGUAGCGGAUGAUAAAUUAUUAUUAUUAACAGAGAGAGAAUUCCUAUUUUUUUACAGUGUUUUGUGAAGAAAGCAUGAAAUUAUUGAAACAUUUGGGUCUUCUCAAGCGAACAUGUAACCUGUUUUUUUCUGCAUACAGAGCAAAAUUAAUCUUCUGUUUUAACUAUCUACUAGUCUUAUAUUCAGCUCUGUAUCGGACUGAUUGGUAAAUUUUGUUUUUCCAUCACUGCCUAGGUAUAAUAUUUGUGAUCUAUUACAGUUAUCAGUGUUCCAGAAUAAGGUCAGAUAUUUUGUUCAAUAUGUUAAAUUAUCUACCUCCAAAUUUCUUUUGCCUAUGAGCAAUUAUAUAACUCAGAGCAUGACUAAGUCAAAGUACAUUGACAACAAAUCUGUUGGUUUGCUAUUAAAAAAAAAAAUGUAUAGUUAUUGAGGUUGAGAACUAUGCUUUUACUUUUCUGAAGGCAGCUUACAUAUUUUUUUGAAAUUUUAUUCAAAGAACAAAUGACGUAGUGCCACCUGAAAUUUCAGAUUUUAGCAGACACUAUUUAUGGUAGCUAAGCGAUUUUUGAGACUGUUGAAUUCUACUUAUUGCUGCUCUUUUUUUUUUUAUAUAGUUGUAAUAUUUGAAAAGAAAGAAAAGUCCUUGUUCUGCCCUCACUUUUUUUUCUUUAAUGUUUUGGAGAGAUUGAAUUGAGUCAUGUCUUGUAAGGUGGGAGUGAAGUUCCUUAAGUGCCCUCUGUAAUCUGUAAUGAUUGUUGAUGGAAGUUUAAUUUUUAGUUCUUCAUUUGAUGGGCACAAAUUUUCAUCCUGAUCUUCAAACUAAGAUUUUUGUUUUGUUGUUUACAUUUUAAUUUUUGUUCUAGUAUUCACAAUGGGCAGUUUAGGAAACCCGUAAUAUACUGUAUUUUUUUUUUUUGCAAAGAUUGUACCUUAAUAAAUAAGUUUAAUGUUCUAUGCCCAUGUGGUCUACAAUCUGACAUUAUCCUGGAGUCUCUAGUGACUGAAUCUGUAAUCAAUGUAUUCCAAUAAUCUUAUCAAAAGUCUGUCAUGAGACCUCCAGGUAUGGGGCUUGUAUCAUGUUUAGUCCAGUAUUAGAGUUAUGUUAUGAAUUUUAGUUAAGUGUUUAGGUUCCAUGCCUUCUUCUAGAGAAGUAACUAGCAAUGGUAAACCAUGGGUAAACAGUUUUUCAUUUCUUUUGAAACUAAUAUUGAACUUGAUUUGGCUUUUCUAUUUGUCAUUGUAAGUAAUCUGUUUUAAUUAUAUUAUUGUAUAACAUUAUAUCGUAGCUUGGGUCACAUGCCUUCUUGUUAUACUAUGUUCAGAUCGGUUCAUUGUUAAUGGAAAUCAUAAAUUAAAAUGUGAUUUACAUUAACAGUGAACUUUCAUGAAGGACAUUGAGAUUGUUUUGGGAAUUCACACCUUAACACCUGAAUCAACUGUUGUUGGAGCGCCACUAUCCUAAGCAAAGUGUUUGUGAUGUUAGUCAUCCUUUGUAAUUCUAGUCCUUAAAAUAUUUUUAUCAAACAAAACAUCGGUUUACAUAUGAGAAAUGGAUAAUACCAGGUGGCUGAUUAACCCCGCGCACUUCUGUAGUUAGACUGUAGACUUCAGUGAAGUGCGGGCGGGCGGGCUUGCCAAUCGCCCCUGUCCACGGCGCCUUACGGGCCGGGCGAGUAGGCAACCCGCCCGGACUCCUGCGUGCGGUACAGUCUAACUACAGAAGUGCGCGGGGUUAAUCAGCCACCUGGUAUUUUAGCACAAAAUAAUUUAUAGAUCGUAAUCUAAAAGUAUUACUGAUCAGAGAGAAUUUUGAAUGAGUUCCUUAGGCUUUUGAUAUUUCCAGUGUUGUCUUAUUUUACUGAUUAGAUUAUCUAUUAUUUUCUACCAAAUUGUCCUUCACAUACCUAAACUUACUCCCAGGAAAUCUGUAAUCAACUUCUUCUUUGUGUGGAUUUUGUUUUGUUUUAUAAAAAAACUGUACUUUUUGUACAAAUGUGUUUUGUUAAUUAAGAAAAAGUUCAGUUUCCAGAAGAGGAAACCGCAUAAUUUUCAUGCAAUUGUGGCUGCUUGACCUACUAUGUUAGAUUCAGGAAAGAUAUUAUCUCUAUAUCUGUGAUAACUUGCCCUUUUCUGAACAAAGAUUGUAGCUCUACCAUAUACGUACCAAAUAUACUGUUGAAUUUCACAGGCUUUAAAUGCUGCAUGGAAAUAAACAUUCAGGUAUCCAUA